AUGGAUGAUCCGUUUGAUUCUUCUGUGAAUUUGGAGGAGACCCAUUUGAUGGAAGGCUACGACGAAGGCUACAGCGAUGGCCUUGUUGCGGGCAAGGAGGAGGGAAAGCAGGUUGGGCUCAAGGUCGGUUUUGAGGUUGGUGAGGAACUUGGCUUCUACAGCGGCUGCAUCUACAUCUGGACAUCCGCCACCCAGAUUGAUCCAACCUGCUUCUCUUCACAGGCCAAAACGGCUAUCACCCAGAUGCAGGACUUGAUCCACAAAUACCCUUUAACGGAUCCUGAAGAUCUACAAGUGCAGGAGCUCCACUAUAAAGGCUAUCCUGCUGAGGCUAAUGACACUCAGUUUUGA